AGCUGUGUCCUACGAUCGGCCGGGUCAGUCGACUGUUACCAACAGUAGAACGUGCUAGGGUGAACGAUGUCACUCCUGUGGAUGGUUCUCUGGGCUGUGGGCGUAGCCUCUGCGCAGGACGUGACCUCCACGCCGGGACCGACCGCAGUCAGUCCCUCCGGCGAGGGGUGCCUGGUGUCAGCUGGCGACCUCAGCUCGCAGCCGCCGGCUGUGGCCCAGCUGUCGGAGCUGCUGCAGCAGCUGUCGGCAGCUCCGUCCCCGCUACCACCGGCGGCAGAGCGCCAGCUGCUCCGUCUCACGCCCAGGCUGCGGCGGCUGGCCGCGCUGCUAGCGUCAUCUGAGGCGGUCGCUGCCGCCGCCAACGCCACCGGGCGGCGGCUGCGCGCACCGCCCGGCGCCGUGGCGUUCGAGAGGGAGCUGGCGGCGGAGCACCUCGCCGCGAUCCGAGCCGACCUCAACUGGACGGCGCUGGGCGCCCCCUGCCGGAGGUCCAUCCAGGCUCUGCUGGACGGCGUCGACCAACUGCACGACUGGGCCUGGGAAAUGUUCGACUCGAACGGGAAGCCGGAGGCCGGGUUCAGCGACGGUAACAGUUUCUGGGAGGGCCGGUUCUCGCAGUGUAACGGAGUACGCCACGAGUCAGUGUCGGGGAACAGCUCGGUGCACAUCCAGGGCCGCUACUACAAGGCCCAGCUGACCGGCCUGCUGCUGCCCGACAAACAGAGUUUUCGCGUCACGGUUGGCACGUGCUUCCCAGACCUGUGCACCGACGUCGACGUGAAAACCGUCCUAAAUGACGCCCCAGGCUUCAUGAGUCUGCCGAAGGUUCCCGACCUGACCGAUGGAAUCACCUUCCGUACCGAUGACGUCAUCGGAAUACUGGUGGAGCGGCAAUUUUGGCAAGAUUACACUGCUGUCAGCGCCUUGGCCACUGUGAUUCUGUUCGGCACGCUGGCCGUGCUCGGCACUGCCGUGGACCUGCUGUAUGAGGAUGACGGAGAGACAGCCGCCCGUCCCCGCGGAGAGACUGUGACAGCGGCGUCCAAGGGCGAGCAGACCAAACUGGUAGAGCGCCGACCGAGCAGCUACAGUGCCCUGGAGCAGCGCGAGGCACCGGCCAAGACCGGCUCGCAGCCGUGACCACAUCGCGGCGGUGACCUAACCGCUGGGUCAGCCGUGACCUUACCUCUUAGUCAGCCGUGACCUCGCUGCUUAGUUAUAAGCCUUGACCUACUGCCCAGCCAAUCGUGGCACCGCCCCUAGAUUUGGCGUCACCCCGGCUCCUGAAUCGGCCGUGACCUUAGUGCUCAGAUAAUCGUGACCCCUCCCCAGAUCAACCGUGACCUCGCUAUUCGAGUAACUCGAAACCUAGCGAUGCCUUUGCACUCAGCGCUGGCUGUUUUUGGUGGUGCAGAUUAUAUGAAGACAUCGCGUGAACUGGUAAUGAGCUGGAUGAACGAACUGUGUAAGUCGGUGCAUGUGCACAACCCGCGCAAGUGCUGCAUUAAUACUGGUAGUGCGUAUGUGUCUACCUAACUUUAUGCAGUAAUUAAUGUCACUAUAAGAGUAUGCAUAUUAUAAUACGUACUUACGUGCAUAUACCCAACUUACCUGUUUCAAUCUGUCUUAACUACAUGACAUAAACAAGUUAAAGAAUGGAAACGAUGAAAAAAGUCUUUUGAAUACGACGUCAGCGGACUAACAACGUGUUUAAGAUGGAUAAGAAUGGUCUGUCAAGUUAUACGAA